UCGCUAGGGAAAGGAAAAAUGUCAUUCACAUCCAGUGACGUAUCCCUAGUUGAAGGAAGAAGGCAUGGACUAUGGAGCCUCCGAUUCUACUGUAAUCGGCGAUGUCUAUUAGAUACCAUUGAUUCUGCAUAAUCUCUUUCUGGUACUAUCUCAUUUAGUUAAACUUCUCGUGUUCAAUCGAAGCAGGAACACAAAAGAGGGUGAUCAAGUAGACCUUCAAUUCCCCUGCCAGAGGAUGGCGGUGAUCCUUGAGCGCCUUCUCUUUCAGUCACCAUCAAGAGCGAGGUAUGCUCUCGACCUCUCAUUUAUGAGUUUGAAUCCACGAAAUGUAGCGCCGUUUCUCUGUCGACACUUCUGCUCUAACCCUUCUCUGAAUGACGGCGUUGAGACUGUUUAUCGCAUUAUCAGUAGCUCUGCGUCUUCUCAAAACCUUAAACAAUUGUUGAAGUCAAGUGGGGUUUUUCUAUCUAAUGAUUUGAUUGAUGGAGUUUUGAAAAGGGUCAGGUUUAGCCAUGGAAACCCCCUUCAAGCGCUUGAGUUUUUCAAAUUCACUGGUAAGAGAAAAGGGUUCUAUCACACUCCUUUUUCUUUGGAUACUAUGCUUUAUAUUUUAGGUAGGAAUCGUAAAUUCGAGCUUAUAUGGGAUGUGUUGUAUGAAACGAAGUGGAAAGAUCAGUCAUUGAUAUCGCCCAGAACUGUGCAAAUUGUUUUAGGUAGAAUUGCUAAGGUUUGUUCUGUGAGGCAGACGGUGGAAUCUUUUAGAAAGUUCAAGAGGCUGGUUCCUGUGUUUGAUACCAUCUGUUUCAAUGCACUGUUGAGGACAUUGUGCCAAGAAAAAAGUAUGGCAGAUGCUAGGAAUGUGUAUCAUAGCUUGAAGCAUGAGUUUAGGCCUAAUUUGCAGACUUUUAACAUACUGUUGUCAGGGUGGAAAUCCUCAGAAGAAGCUGAGGGGUUCUUCGAGGAGAUGAGGCAAAUGGGUAUCAAGCCUGAUGUUGUUUCUUACAACAGUUUGAUUGAUGUGUACUGUAAAAAUAGAGAAGUGGACAAGGCAUAUAAGGUAAUUAAAAGGAUGAGAGAAGAGGAUAUGGAGCCAGAUGUGAUCACUUAUACUAGCAUUAUCGGGGGAUUAGGGCUGGUUGGCCAGCCUGAUAAAGCUAGAGAUGUUUUGAAGGAAAUGAAAGAGUAUGGAUGUUACCCAGAUGUUGCUGCAUUCAACGCUGCAAUAAGGAAUUAUUGUAUUGCGAAGAGACUUGGCGAUGCUUAUAAUUUGAUGGAUGAGAUAGUGGCUAAAGGCUUGCGUCCUAAUGCAACUACCUACAAUCUAUUCUUUAGAGUAUUUUCUUGGUCCAACGACUUGCAAAGCUCAUGGACUUUGUAUCAGCGUAUGAUAGAUGCUGGGUGCCUGCCAAAUACACAGUCAUGUAUGUUCCUUAUCAAGUUGUUUAGGAGGCAGGAAAAGGUGGAUAUGGCCAUGAGGCUGUGGAAUGACAUGGUGGAAAAGGGUUUUGGGUCUUAUAUCUUGGUUUCUGAUGUGUUGUUUGACUUGCUUUGUGAUCUAGGUAAGCUGGUUGAAGCAGAGAAAUGUUUUUUGCAAAUGGUAGAGAAAGGGCAUAAGCCAAGCAAUGUCUCUUUUAGGAGGAUCAAGGUGCUUAUGGAAUUGACAAACAAGUACGAGGCCAUUCAUAUCUUGUCAGAGAAGAUGGCCAUGUUUGGGACUUCAAGUCAAAUUUCUGGAAGUUCAGAGAGCCUUGAGAAUGAUUCACUUUCAGACUCUAACAGUUUGAUCACACAGUUAUAAGUGAUGGCUAAAGGGUUGAGAGAUAGUAAUGCGGGUAACUUGGCAGGACUCGCCCAUCAGGGAGGAGUUAUACACAGCACAGAUCUAUACAAUGAGACAGAUGUUAAAGUUCAUGGUUUGACAACUUGGAGUUCUAGUCUUGCAUUUGAAAGUUGAUAUUGUUGCUUAACUUUGUAAGAUACUUGAGACAGAAAAUAUAAUCUGCCAUGAUUCAUAGCGCUACUCGGGCACAGUUCUUGGACUUGGCUACAAGGCUGGAUGCAUAUUUAACUCAAUGUUAUUCGGUAUUGCUGCCUUUAUGGCUCUUGGACAAUUGUUUUAAGUAGUGCUUGUGUCAAUGGAGCAAAUAUUUCUCUCUCCAAAGAAAUGUAGAGGGAGAAAGAAACGUAUUUUCUGUUGGAACCCUUUUUAUAUUCAGGAUCAUCUCAGAAAAGGGACCCUGAAAUUGAUUUGCAUGCGAGGUCUUGGCCGCAAGUUUUCAGUUAAUUCUGAUGUUUGACAAUGUACCUCUGGAAGUUGAAGAAUGUCGAUGAAAUGAAACAACCUCUAUUUCUCGCAGCCCAGCCUCUUUGAUUUCUACCAGGAAGCUGAAGCUCCGUAAUGCCUCCUUCCUCCUGGUGCCUGGUGUUUUUAAGAUG